ACAACAAGCUCAAUGAAGCAUGGCCCAUUACACGAACUGAAACGCUUCCUCAACCAUCACAUACCCCACAAUCAUCAUAAUCCGCAUGCAGGCAGUGCUUCUGCUUCCUCCCAAGGCUCUUCUCCGGGCUCAACAGUGCUCCACACGACUAUCCAUACUCCUGCCGAUCCUCAUCUUCUCCCCGUGGACCAGCGUCGCGGCCUCGACUUCGACGCUCCCCCUGUGAUUGACCCUGCCGGUUACGGGAGCCAAAAUGACACCCUGACCCCGCCCAAGGAGAAGGAGCACCGAUUCUCGACUUUCAUCAACAAGAGCCUUCACAGGGAGCACAAGGAAAGACCUCGGGUCAACAAGUCCCCUUCGCCAUCCUCAACGUCCUCUUCGAAACAACCUUCCCACUCGCCCCCUCGCUCUCACGAUGCAGGACUGAACCACCACCCCAUAAUAUCGCUUUCAGAAGCUACUCAUGCUCAUCUUUCCAAGAAGUAUGGCAAGUGGGGUCGUCUCUUGGGCUCUGGCGCCGGCGGGACCGUCCGCCUGAUUCGGGGUUCCGCCAAGUCGGGAGGUACUGUUUACGCAGUCAAGGAAUUCCGACCUAAGCGUGCGGGCGAGUCGGAUAGGGAAUACGAGAAGAAGGUCAGGUCAGAGUUCUGCGUCGGUGCAUGCUUGAAGCAUGUCAACAUCAUCGAGACAGUCGACAUCGUGUGCGAUCACGGACAUUACUACGAGGUUAUGGAGUACGCUCCUUAUGACCUAUUCUCUGUGGUCAUGUCUGGCAAGAUGCUGCGGCCGGAAAUCUACUGUGUCUUCCGGCAAAUAUGCAGCGGUGUCGAUUACCUGCACAGUUUGGGUCUCGCUCAUCGGGACUUGAAGCUCGACAACUGCGUCAUGACUCAGGGAAACGUUGUCAAGCUGAUCGACUUCGGAACGGCGGUCGUGUUCGCAUACCCGGGUACGGGGUCGACACCGUCUCAGAAUACCCUCGCUUCCGCCGAUUCGCAGUCUCAGGCAGAAAGCCAAGGGGAUGCGCAGCAGAAAGCGCCACUGAGUCAUACGCACGCUCGGCUGAUCAUGUCCUCGGGCAUUGUUGGCUCAGAUCCCUACCUGGCACCCGAAGUACUCAGCAGCAGCGAGAACUACGACCCACGGAAAACGGAUGUGUGGAGUGUGGCUGUCAUUUUUGUCUGCAUGAUACUCCGUCGAUUCCCUUGGGCGGUUCCCGAUAAGGAGCGAGACGCCAGUUUCCGCACCUUCCUCGAAGCAACCGCGGAAGACAACAAAAAAGCGGUUCUCAAGAAAGCGCGGAAGCCGAAGAAGGCUCCUUCACCAAUUGCCAUUCGGGAGAUUAAUGGCAGUGACAAGGAUAGUGACAAGAAGGUCGAGUCCCCUCAGACCGCCCGCCCGCGUCCGGGACACUCCCCUACGACAGAUGAUUCCAAGUCGUUUACGACUAUGACGAGCACGACACUGUCCAUUGACGAAUCCGCUUCUAACACUUCUGCUCACUCGGAUUCGGAUACCGACUGCCCCUCUCCGUCUCACCGGGUUGACCUUCCAUCUGGCCCCAAGCCUCAUCUCCGGACAAGCACGCUGCCUGUUUACAGCCCGUCCGCCCAACCCAAGGAGCUGCCCUCCGAACGGGAUAUGGACGAGAGUGUGAGGGUGUUCGGACGCCCUGGUCAGAGCACGGAAUCCCUGCCCAUUGUAUCUCUUUCCCCCGAGGCGACUCGUGAUAAGGAUGGCAAAAUCACUGACAAGCUCGAGGUGCCUCCGCAACCCAAGCGAGGACAAUCGUCUGAUGCCAUUGCAGCAGAGAGGAAGAAUUCCGAUGGUGCCAGCGUGGCUGCAUCUGCCAAGUCGCAGCCAAGACCUUCCCGCCCUCGCACCCGUACUUCGUCCACGAGGGACCCGUCCAAUUCGAUCUUCCGGCUGCUCCCUCGCGAAACUCGCCCUGCUCUGCGACGCAUGCUCCGCAUUGACCCCGCUACGCGCACGACGAUGAGCGAGCUGCUCUGGGGCCGCUCUGGCGGCAGCGGAGUCCAUGCGCUUGCCGAGGGCGAGGAGUGCCAGGCAUGCAUGCAUGCUUCUGGCAAUGUGUCCGAUGAGGAAGAGGAUGAGGACGAGGAGGAAGAUGAGGCUGGGGAGGAAGGCGAUGUGUGGAUAAACGGAAUCCAAGCGUGCACUGACAAUGAGCCUACACACGUCCAUGUGCAGGUCGCUGUCGACGACAAGCCCACGAAACGGAGAUUCUUCUAGUGUCUUGUCGCACCGACUUCACCAGGAUUCAAUCUAUGCCUGCUACGCUUUCGGAACGCAAUUAAAUUAAACUGUACAUCAUCACCUCCGCUGCACACCUCCGACGCUAUCUCAUCCGCCGGUAGGCGAUGGCCCCCCUCAUCGGUUGUCUGGUUAUCCUUCCACCUUCGACUCGCUCUCAUCUUUAUCGUGGUCCUUCGGCUUACCAUCUCACUACCCCGAAUUUCAUCUCCCGUUUUCGCCAUCUAUGAGAACGUGGUAGAUUCUAUUUCCUUGACCACGACAACCCGACGAAACCUACCUGCGCUCGGAUGAUGGGUGCAACGGAUUUUGCUUGCCUAACGGUACAUACGAAUUAAGUUAGCACGGACGCUAUCAUGGACUGGCUGGGGGGGUGCAUCAUUUGUCUCCCAUCCCGCUAUUGGAUACGACCUUCGGUGGGGUAGACGACGUUGACGCUGCGAUUUUGCUGCGUCACGCUCUCGUCCCCGCCCACGGCUCCCUGCAUCCUUCGUCUCCAUCAUUAAUUCACACAAUCAAGCGUAUAUACAUCAGACAUAUUAAGGUAUUUAUUUCCCCCCUCGCAUUGUACAUGUGCAUUCUUUUGGAGUAUACGUACUAGUACUAGCUUGUCUCUGUUGUCGUCCGCCGACGAUGAUACUCAAUCAUAAUAGAGGCUUUAUUAAAC